CUUCAUUGACCAUUCACGAUUGGCAUGCUGCCGCACGACCGCAUCAUUCGUGAUUGCUGAGGCCACGCAGGUAUGCAUAUCGGUUAGUUCUGUUCACUACCACGACAUACUGCGCACACACUCUGCGUAGAUUUCGGUAGCAAACUUCGCGCUCGCUACUUCGAAGACGCCACUGCCUUCUAGUGACCACUCAGCAUUUCCAAAGCGCUUAGACGCCCGUCGAAGACUUUACAGCUCUCGCACGCCCUCUUGUGCACUAUGAAGCUCACAAUCAAGAGUCUAGGCGGCUCCAACUUUCAGUUGGAUGCUGAGCCUUCGGACACAAUUGCCACCAUCAAGUCAAAGAUUCAAGCUUUGCAAGGUCAUGCGGUGGAGCAGCAAAAGUUGAUUCACAGUGGCAAGAUUCUGACAGACGGACAGACAGUAGAAUCAUGUAAGAUGAAGGAGAAAGACUUCUUAGUAGUCAUGGUGUCAAAGCCAAAGGCUCCGAAGCCUGCAGAGACCGCUGCUGUGCCUCCCGCAGCUUCGGCUGGCUCAGCGUCGUCAAGCUCUGGCCUCACCACGUCUGUUCCUUCCGCAGCAGCGCCGUCUACUACCUCAGCCUCCGAAGGCGCGACCUCCACUGCGUCCGACCCGUCCACCGCGCCCGUCGGUGCGGCAGGAUCUCAGACUUCCUCUGGCACUGCUACUGGACCCGGCUCUUCCUUCCUCUCGGGAGCUGCACUCGAGGCCGCGAUCACAAAUAUCACGGAGAUGGGGUUCGACAGAUCAGAGGUGCAAAAAGCGUUGCGCGCUUCGUACAACAAUCCUGAUCGCGCAGUAGAGUACCUGAUGACUGGUAUCCCGGAAAAUGUUGGACAACAACAAGCACCGCCUCAGGCACAGCCAGCCCAAGCUUCAAGCACCGGUGCAGCCGAGCCACCCCCUACUCCUGCUGGACAGACUGCCGAGACGGCCAGCACAACGGGUGAACAGCAACCAGCAACUGUAGCCCCUUCUGCCGGGGCGGCCACGGCGACAGCGCCCCAAGCUCGCCAGCCUGCUGCUGGCGGUGGUAACUUGUUCGAGCAAGCCGCUGCAGCGGCCCAAGGUGGUAGAGGUGGUGGUGCUGCUGGUGCAGGAGGCGCAGGUCGGGGAGCUGGCGGCGCGCCAGGAGGACUUCCGGGCGAGUCGGACGGUCGUGGCGGUCAAGUGAUCGAUCUUGCAAAUCCCGCCAUGCUUCAACAAUUGAGGCAACUGGUGCAGCAAAAUCCAGCCGCGUUGCAGCCUUUAGUGCAGGCGAUUGCGCAGAGCAACCCUCAAUUGGCCGAGGCUAUGGCUCAAGAUCCUGAGGGCGUGCUCUCCAUUCUGGCGGCUGGAGGCGGUGGUGCUGGCGACGAUGACGAACAGGUCGGCAUGGAUGAGCUCAGUCCAGAAGACCAAGAGAAGGUACAGCAGAUUUGCGCAAUGGGCAUUCCAGAAGACAGGGCCAUUGAAGUGUUUUUGAUGUGCGAUCGCAACGUUGAACUAGCGGUCCAAUACUACUUUGAAAAUCCAGGCGACUUCGAUGACUAAUGUCUGCCGAUCCUUACCAAGCCGUGGUGAUUGCUCGCGCUUCGUCCCACUCAACAAAGCACCACACGCCUAGGCUCCACCCAUUCGUGUCUUGCC